CCGGAAGCGGCGGGAGGAGGUGCGGCGGGCCCCGAGGAGCUGCCUGCCGUGCCGCGGGACCGGGACGAGGAGCGGGUAAUUGAAUGGAUCUUCAAAAGCAGAAUUACUGAAACUGACAGAAAAUGGCUUAUCGAAGAGAUGAAAUGUGGUCUGAAGGGCGAUAUGACUACGACAGAGUUCCAAGAGAACGUCUUCCUCCGAGGAUUCAUCCUGAUGAUGAUUACCAUAGAGUAGUAAACAUUGUGCCCAAGAAACCACCGCUGCUCGAAAGACCCGGGGAUGGGAAUUACAGUCGGUAUGAUGAUUACAGUCACGCUGAGUACAGGGACUAUGAAGAGGGUCGCAGUUUUGCCCACGACAGAAGAAGUGGCCCUCCUCACCGAGGUGUACGUAAGGAUAAUUCGGGAUACAGAUGGCCAAGGGAUGAUCAUCCUAUAGGCCGGCAGCCUGAAUACAGGGAUAUCAGAGAUGGCUUCAGAAGAAAAAGCUUCUAUCCUUCUCAUUAUAUGAGAGCGCGAUCCCCUCAUAAGAGGGACUCUCCUUUCUUCAGGGAAUCGCCUGGGAGCCGAAGGGAUUCUCCGCACAGCAGAUCUGGCUCCAGUGUCAGCAGCAGGAGCUACUCUCCUGAAAGAAGCAAAGCCUAUAAUUUCCACCAGUCCCAGCAUAGCAGAAGUAUGUCAUCUUUACAUAAAAGAAAUAUUUCUUCUCAGCAAGGUAAAGAGAGGACAUCAGUUCAAGCAUUAAAAACAUCAAGGGAUGCAUCACCUUCAGGCUCCACAGCAGUACCCUCAUCAAAGGCCUUGGAAAAGAGCAACAGACUAUCAGAAAAGGAACUUGCGGAAGCUGCAAGCAAGUGGGCAGCUGAAAAGUCAGAGAAGGCUGAUGAAAGCAAUUUACCUGAAAUAACGGAGUAUGACGCUGGAUCUUCAGCUCCAUUAUACAUUGAGCAAACAGAGGAAACAGAAACAAAUAUAACGGAUAGUACGGAAUUGUAUGAGGAUGGUCAGCUUCUUGGUCGUUCAAAAGCAAUUGCAACUAAGACAAAGGAGAUUGAACAAGUCUACAGGCAAGACUGUGAAACCUUUGGCAUGGUAGUGAAGAUGCUAAUUGAUAAAGAUCCAUCGUUAGAGAAGUCCAUUCAGUUUGCCCUGAGGCAGAAUUUGCAUGAAAUAGGUGAGCGAUGCAUCGAAGAACUCAAACAUUUCAUUGCUCAGUACGAUGCUGCCAAUCAAGAUCUAACAGAAUCCUUCAAAGAGGGCUCAUACUAAGGACAAAACCAGGCUUUUAGAUCCUCUGCAUUGUCUAUGCCAUAAUCCAUAAAUAUGCUUUUUUUGGGGGGAAAGAGGAGAUCGCGAUGGACAUUGGACAUUGGAACCCAAGGCCUGUGCUUCUUUGUAGUAGCUCAGGUGGUUAUACCUUGUUCACUGUGGUCUCUCUCCACAACUGUAUUCUUCCUACCUGUACUUGUUGACAUAUGUUCCUUUGAAAGGAUGUUCUUUUCAAAAAUGCUGUAAAGUGACAAGCUAUUUUUGAAGCCUUUACAGAGUUAGCUAGGAAAAUCCAGUCAAUUUGAUGUAUGUAGGCUUAUGUUUGAUGUUUCUAAAUGUAACUCCGAACACUAUUUUUUAUUAAAACAACAAGAAACAGCUCUUCAUUCCUCAACUUAUGCAAAAUAUGUCUUGUUUUCCUAUAUACUAUAGGAAGGGAAGACUUGCAAAAUGGCUUGCAACUAUGAUUUAAAUUAUUUAUUACAGUUUAAUUUUAAACUUCAGAUUCAUUCUGUAAAACUAUACUCGGGGCUGUCUUCAGUGUCUCUUUGAUUACUUUACAUCAAAGUGCUGUAUUUUUAUUCUGAUUGCAGGUUCUGCAAAUGUCUUUUAAAUUUUGGUGUUUCCCGUAUCAAAAGUCAUUAAUAGCAAGCAGUAUUAUGUAGGAAGAAUUCCAUUGUUUUUUUACUAUUUGCUACUAAUUGUUUCCUUUGUUGUAUUUUUGCUACAUCUUUGUAUUUAGAAUAUUGUAACUGCAGGCAGCCACUGAGCAGGGAAAGGUCCCUUCUCCUCUCUCCCUCCCUGCCCUCACACCUUCUCACCACUUUUCAUCCAUCAGUUUUAACAAUUAGGAAUCUGUUUGUAGCCUUUAUUUCCAACAUCAAGAAGGAGCGGGAAUUUGAUAUGGCAAGGUGGAGCAAGGAAAGCAAGGAGGGACUAUCUCUGCAGUAACACCAGGUUGCUUUGGAGUAGAUGUAACAUGAAGUUGAACCCUAAGGCCUCAAAUUCAUCAUCAUUUCAAAAUGAGGUGACUGUAGGUAAUGCCUGGUGCUGCUUUUAACCGAAUAGACCAAAUUGUAGCUGGGGAGCAGUGGUGGAAAAGAAUCGAGAGGCUGUCAGGACUAUGUAAUUACUUUUCAGAGAUGAAAAAUACUUAGAGCUUGUUGGUGAUAUCCUGACAGUGUGUACAGCUUUAAGUUUAAUAAGGUUUUUAUAAAGAUUUUGGGAAAGAGAUAAUUUUGAGUCAUAAUCAGAAAGAGGUAAGUAAAAGCAUGAUUGUUUUGUAGGUGUUUGUAUUUAGAAACAUGUGAAGCUCUGUAGAAGGACUAAUGACUAAAGCCCACUGUUUCCAAAGUGCACAGCAUUUUUAAAUGAAAAAGUCAUUGAAUUCAGCCCCCUCAUGAAGAUAGUGUCUCAGAUUUCAGCAGAGUGGUGUGCAGAAACAGCAACAGGUUUUGCGUGUACAAGGUACUGUAUGUAUCACAGCAUCUUACACAUGCAAAUCUUUCUAUGGUGCAUUAAAUACUUCGUACAUCAGAUUACUGAGAUGCCUGAUUAGUUUUAAUAUCAGUAGGGUGUGGAUCUGCAGUUGGCUUUUGUUGGUUUCAAAGAGUUCACACUGCUCAAAGGGAAUGACCUGCAACUUACCUUGUUGGCACCCGGGACUGUGAGUGGGAAUCAGCUCAGGGAUCCUAGAGGAUGCUGAUUUGGGGGGGUGGGGGGGAGGAAGGGGAAGAGAGGCAUCCUGUUGUGGCACAGUAGCUAGACCUGACCUGCCCCUUCUGGCAACAACCUGGUGUACCCAGAUCAGUCAUGAAACCACAGGCAAAGCCUUCUCUGAGGCAGAUGCAUAACUAGAAGGCUUCACUUCUUGUCUGUAGGACUGAGAGCCUUCAGGGUGUUACAUCAGAAUUUCUGCUAAUGAAAGAAAUAUUGAAAUGAUGCUUAAUAUAUUUUUUAUUAAAAAUGUUCAUUAUUACUGUA